AUGAAAUUCGCAGGCAAUCCAAAAGCACAGGCUGGUCAUCAGGUUACGUUCAGCCCGCAAACGUUUGAUACAAAUAUGCAAAAUCAUUCAGAAAGGCAAUCACCAUCUUCACAGGACAUAAAACAACACGGCUUCUCGAGCAAGUCGAAAAUCGCUUUAGACGACUGGACUCAGGCCGGAGAUCUAGGAGAGAGGAGGCGCAUUGAAAAUAGCGUUGUGCAGCGGAAUUAUCGGCGCAAGAUCACAGAGAGGAACGACCUGGGUUUGCAUAAUCUUAAUUACUCGCCAGGAAGUGACCGUGAUCCAAACCUUAUUUCCACCUUUAGGUUGGAUAAGACAGCGGCUUUGCAAAAAAUAGAUAAAAAACACAAGCUAUGUUACCGCCGAAUCUCUGUUGCUUGUGUCCUUAUUUCCCCGCCCGAAAAGCAGUGCAGGAAGCGAAAAAUCAGGUGCAUUGUUUCUCUCGAGGACUCUAAAGAUUGCAGCAACUGUAUCCGGUUAAAUAAUGUCUGCACCUUCACAGCAAAAGCCCGACCUGUGCCCGAACAUAAGGGGAAGCCAACUUUUCCGAAUACUCAAAACAUUGCAAGUUGGAUAGGAGCAAACGUCAGCCAAACGACCACUGAACUAUGCAAUCUGUACGCUCCUAAUGCAUACGCCGACGCUACCACCUGGCUGCCCGGCGACACGAUAUGCGGACAACCUUCCGUGCCUAUUGCAGAUGCCACAUCACCUGCUUCUUUCCCGGUUCAAACCAUAGACCAAAACCAACCAUCCUUACUUAUCGAACCACAAAAGCCUCUUACUACAACACCUUGCAACCUUACAACCUACCCAUAUAUUUUAUCUAAUCCCCAAAGUCAAACGACUUUCUGGGCUUUCCAAGGGCUGUAUUUGCAAGAAUACCGGUCCGCAUACGGGACAACGACGUUAGGAUUACAUUCAAAUUAUAAUUAUAACAACCUCCAACCACAGGGCCAGUUAUAUCAGAAACAGGUACCCGAAAUUAUCAAUACCAACACGAUAUCAAUUGCAAAUCCCGAAUUGUCGGUAACUCAGCAUAUACAACAGCAAAACACAACACCCAACGUCCAAAUGGUGAACCGGCCCAAACUGCAAUGUUGGGAGCAUGGAUGCAACGGUCGCAGCUUUUCAUCGUUCAGCAACCUUUUAAGGCACCAACGAAAGAAGUCAGGUCAAGCCACGAAGGUAACCUGCCCAAACUGCGGAACUGAGUUCACACGAGCGGCGGCAAGGAACCUUCAUCAAGAAAACGGCAAAUGUAAACCGCAGCCCAGCACAUAA